GAUGUUUGAACAACCUUUUAUUGAUCACUUCUUUGCAAUAAAAAUAUGACAUAUGUAGUAAACCUUAAAAAAAUUUCGUUUAACUUUAUGGCUCUAUGCUGGAAUUCUUCUGAAGUGAGUAAUCAUCAUGAUAAUCUUUAGUAUACAAUGGAUCAAAAUGACACGAUUACAAAUAUUGAUAAUACACAGUUAUAAAAGUUGAAAUUCUAUUGGGAACACAUCUCUUAGUGAGAUAGAUGGGGCUGACCCACCAAUUAAUUCAUUUAUCUGGAUGAAUAGUUCCUACUGGUGGAUUAACAGGGUUCAUUUUCUAUUUUUUUUUUUUUUUUUUUUUUUUUUGAGACGGAGUCUUGCUCUGUCGCCCAGGCUGGAGUGCAGUGGCUCAAUCUCGGCUCACUGCAAGCUCCGCCUCCCGGGUUCACGCCAUUCUCCUGCCUCAGCCUCUCUGAGUAGCUGGGACUACAGGUGCCCGCCACCACGCCCGGCUAAUUUUUUUGUAUUUUUAGUAGAGACAGGGUUUCACCGUGGUCUCGAUCUCCUGACCUCGUGAUCCGCCCGCCUCGGCCUCCCAAAGUGCUGGGAUUACAAGCGUGAGCCACCGGGCCCAGCCUCAUUUUCAAUUAUGUUGUUUUCACAGAUGUAAGUGCUGAGAAAUGGUUUUACAUAAAUAGGUGAGAAUGCUAGUAGUUUUGUUGUAAGCAUGUCAAUCAAUCGUUUGGUUUCUUUCCGAGUUGCAUGCCAAAAACCAAAUAGUGUUCCUUCAUCAGCUGACAAUUCAUGGGCCACCAUUAAUUUUGUUGAAAGCAAAGAACUGGAAACCAUCUGACUUGAAAAGAAUUUGUUAUCCUGUUAUUAGAAUCAUUCACUUUCUCUAGUGACUUUUAAUUAUACUAAUUACUCUCAGAGGCAUUUAGGCAGGGUUGAGAAAUUCAAGAUAUUAAUUUCAACACAUCUUUAGCAUCACAAUAUCACAGUAAUUUAAAUAUAUUUUAGUUGUAGCUAUUUAGCUCACUUUAUUGUAAAUAAUAAUUAUGCUAAUUAGCAACGAUAGUAUGUUUAACCAAUUAAUCAUCAGAUUAACUUUCGGUCAGAAUAAUUGACUUCAACUUUUAAGUCAAAGCAAUGUACAGGCGUCCCAGUCACCAUAUUUCACUUCUGAAUUCCAAGAGAGAAAUGACAUUGCUUGCGCCUAUACUGAUGCAAAUAUGUACCUAGAUAAAGUAAGACGCUUUCAUUUCAGGUAUGUCUAACCCACGCUAUCCUUGCUUUGUUCCAGGGCACUCUCGCAGGGAAAACGCCGCCUCUGACUACACUUGGGGUGGUUGAGACGAGAUCUUCAAAUGCACAUUCUUAACGCUACCGUCCACUCUCUCAUACGCUUGAAUUCCGAACACCCCAAUACUGGCCCAAAGACUCCAUUUCUAAUGCCUGGUCUUGCUUUUGAGGUAGCUCUAACUCAGAGGCAUGAUUUUCAGAGCCUGGGAAGUCGGCUGCUGUCCAGUCCUUCCUAGCCACCUCAGGCGGGAGCCGCGGCCCACUCACUCAGUUCCGGCCCCAGCCCCGACUACCUGUCGCCUUGCUGGAGGAAGGAGGGCAGAUACCGCAGCCCAGUCAGGGUAAGCCGCUGACCCAGGGGAUGGAACUGCGGCUCUGGAGAUUAGAAAGAGGAGGACUUCUCCGCGUUCACUGGCCCAGGAGGAAAGCCAGAACCCUAGGCUGGAACCCAGCGUCAAGACGUGGGGGAAGAAUGUUGAUGCAACACAGCUCAGCCGGGCCCGGAACUCGGCGUCUGGGUCCCCGCCCUCUUUGGGCCGGAAGUGAGGAAGGUGGGGCUGGGGCUUUUCCUGUAGAAACUAGGAGGGACUAGGGAGAGUCUGCAAGGGGAGGAGUGUGUCUGUGACACUGCCAGCAGCGCGCAGAGGGAGGGAUGGGGGGCGGGUAUCGGCGUAGGGGCCCUCGGAAAGAACGGAUAUUGCUGUGACACCGCGGGAACGCUCUGAGGGGACGAGUGUCGGUGUGGCACCGGUGCACGCUGAAGGAGCCGGCGGAACCGGGUGGCCAUGGGGAUGUGGGCAUCGUUGGACACUUUGUGGGAGAUGCCUGCAGAGAAGCGUAUCUUCGGGGCCGUGCUGCUCUUCUCCUGGACAGUGUAUCUUUGGGAGACCUUCCUAGCACAGCGGCAGAGAAGGAUAUAUAAAACAACAACUCAUGUACCACCGGAGUUAGGACAGAUCAUGGAUUCUGAAACAUUUGAGAAAUCUCGACUUUAUCAACUGGAUAAAAGCACUUUCAGCUUCUGGUCAGGACUCUAUUCAGAGAUUGAAGGCACUCUUAUUCUUCUCUUUGGAGGAAUACCUUAUCUCUGGAGACUUUCUGGACGGUUCUGUGGUUAUGCUGGCUUUGGACCAGAAUAUGAGAUCACUCAGUCCCUGGUGUUUCUGCUGUUGGCUACACUUUUCAGUGCAUUGACUGGUUUGCCAUGGAGUCUUUAUAAUACUUUUGUGAUAGAAGAAAAACAUGGUUUCAAUCAACAGACUUUGGGGUUCUUCAUGAAAGAUGCAAUCAAGAAAUUUGUUGUGACUCAGUGUAUUUUGUUGCCUGUGUCUUCACUUCUACUUUACAUUAUUAAAAUUGGGGGUGACUAUUUUUUUAUUUAUGCCUGGCUGUUCACAUUAGUUGUGUCUCUGGUUCUUGUCACAAUCUAUGCUGAUUAUAUUGCCCCUUUAUUUGACAAAUUCACACCUCUGCCUGAGGGAAAGCUUAAAGAAGAAAUUGAAGUAAUGGCAAAGAGUAUUGACUUUCCUUUGACAAAGGUGUAUGUUGUGGAAGGAUCUAAACGCUCUUCCCACAGCAAUGCUUAUUUUUAUGGCUUCUUCAAGAACAAGCGAAUAGUUUUAUUUGACACUCUACUAGAAGAGUACUCUGUACUAAACAAAGACAUCCCGGAGGAUUCUGGCAUGGAACCCCGCAAUGAGGAAGAAGGGAACAGUGAAGAAAUAAAAGCUAAAGUUAAAAAUAAGAAACAAGGAUGUAAAAAUGAGGAGGUACUCGCUGUACUAGGCCAUGAACUGGGGCACUGGAAGUUGGGACAUACAGUCAAAAAUAUCAUUAUUAGCCAGAUGAAUUCUUUCCUGUGUUUUUUUUUAUUUGCUGUAUUAAUUGGUCGAAAGGAGCUUUUUGCUGCAUUUGGUUUUUAUGAUAGCCAACCCACUCUUAUUGGACUAUUGAUCAUCUUCCAGUUUAUUUUUUCACCUUACAAUGAGGUUCUUUCUUUUUGCCUAACAGUCCUAAGCCGCAGAUUUGAGUUUCAAGCUGAUGCAUUUGCCAAGAAACUUGGGAAGGCUAAAGACUUAUAUUCUGCUUUAAUCAAACUUAACAAAGAUAACUUGGGAUUCCCCGUUUCUGACUGGUUGUUCUCAAUGUGGCAUUAUUCUCAUCCUCCACUGCUAGAGAGACUUCAAGCUUUGAAAACUAUGAAGCAACACUGAGAUGCCCAGGGUCUGUGACUGAAGACAUUUCUGAUUAUUUCUGUCCUGGCAGCAUGUUCCAGCUCUUGAUGUUUUUAAACUUUUUUUUAAAAGAAAAAUUAAGUACAGAAAAGCCCAGAUUUAAAUACAUUUAAUAUGUCAUUUCAAAAAUGAUUUUAAUGAUUCAUUUCUUAAAACACUGAAUGAAUUUUGAAGCUUAAUGUUUUUAAAGGCAUAGUUUUAUCUUUGACGUCUAAUUUACCAUCAAGUUGUAAAAUUAUCUGGAAAAAUACAGAACUUGUUUUAUUUGUAUACUUAUAUGGAAUCUGCAUGUGAGGUGUUUGAGGGCGUAUGUUUGAAAGAGGGAGCAUCACCACGGGAAUCCUUUCUGUGAGGCGGAAACAGUGGUCCUGAAUCAUUGUGCUCAUACUUAACUUGAAAUCUGGUCUUACUUUCAUGCUGUUGUGAUUUCACCUGGUGAGUCAGUGUUUUAAAUAAGAAAGGUAAUAGUUGGUAAGGCCAAUGUUAUUUAAAUGAAAGUAGUUAGAAAAAUGCUCUCCUAUUCUACCAAAUUUUAAAUUUCUCUCUUCCCUCUCUUGCUACACAGUGAUCAAGAGUUUCUCAUAGUGCUUUGAAGUUAGAAAUUAUGUAUAGGAUAUUUUAAAUCAUUGAGUUUUGUGGGGUUUUUUUGUUUGUUUUUGUUUUUUGGAAAAUCCCUGUCUUUAUCUUUUUUCCCACAUGGUAGAUAUGAUCCCAUUGGGAGUAAAUUGUAGCUUUUUCUCAUUCAUGCAGUAAAUAAUACAUCCUUUCACUUAGCAGAGAUGGCCAUAUUAAACACGUUUUGCUAUGUUAAAAGUGGCAGAACAGGAAAGACAAAUUAAAAAUAACAUUUUUUAAGUGAUAUAAGGGUGAAAUACUGAUGAAUCUGUAUGACAUUACAGGGAAAAAUAUAUAGUUUUCUAUCUCUUUCAAGGGCAGAAGAGUUUUCAUUUUUAUUUUUGUAAUUUUAUCUGUAAGUCAUAAAUACUACUUAAUCAGGCCCGAUUCUACUUUUGAAAAUUACAGUUCUUGAAAUGCAGAUAAUGUUUACUUUGAAAACAAAUGUCAUGAAAGAUUUCCAGUUUUUAAAGCUAUGUGUUUCACUGCUUCAUAUCUCUGUCCACUUUCUGAAUGAGAACUUAUUUUGUGCCUAGAGCUCUCACUCACUGAUAAUGCUUACCUUCUGGGCAUUUAUUCCAAAGUGGGAUCGACUGUACGCCUUUGGUAUCUGACCAUAAAGUCUUUUGCUCCGCUGACAUUUGGGUGAUGUCUUCACAUGGAAAUAUAAUAAAAAUUAAAAUCUAGUACUGCAGUAUUUAUUUUCCUAAGGCUAAAGAGGAGCAGUCCUAUGCCUUUUAUUCAGCAUCCUUUAUCUGUAACUUCAUGCUCUGAUAACUGCCUUUCCUUCCUUCUGUGCCUUUGAAUACAAAUUUCAGUUCUACAGAAGUGAAACAUUAAACAUUGCCAAUGCAAAUGUA